AUGCCUGACCCCGAAACCAUCCGGUUACAUAUCCUCGGAGAUCCGCGCGUGCGAGAGGCUGUUCGGCGACAGAAUCCAGAGCUGGCUGAGGCUGCAGAUAAUGCUCAGCGAUUUCGUGAUGUUUUGAUUUCGCAGCAGCAGCGGGAGCAACAGCAGGAGGCGGAGAAGGAGGCGCGUAUCGCGAUGCUGAAUGCGGAUCCAUUCAAUCCAGAGAAUCAACGAGCGAUCGAGGAAAUUAUCCGACAGAAUGCCGUGACGGAGAAUCUACACAAUGCUAUGGAGCAUCAUCCUGAAUCUUUCGGUCGCGUGACGAUGCUUUACAUCCCCGUCGAAGUCAACGGUCACCGUCUCAACGCUUUCGUUGACUCCGGUGCCCAGGUCACCAUCAUGUCGCCAGAGUGUGCUGUUGCUUGUAACAUCAUGCGGCUUGUCGACCGCCGCUACGGUGGUAUCGCCAAGGGUGUCGGAACUGCUCCAAUCCUCGGCCGAGUCCACUCCGCUCAGAUCAAGAUUGGAGAGAUGUUCCUACCCUGUUCAUUCACCGUCAUGGAGGGUAAACAGAUCGACCUCCUUCUAGGACUGGACAUGCUCCGCCGCCACCAAGCCUGCAUCGAUCUCCAACGCGGCGCCCUCAUCAUCCAAGACCAGGCAGUGCCCUUCCUCGGUGAAGGAGAUAUUCCCAAGCACCUUACAGAGGAGUUCGAGGAUGAGCCCACAGUGAAGGGUUCUGAUGGUGCGGAGGUUGGUGCUCGUACAGGUGCCGUGACACAUCAAGCGAGUGGACAACAGGGACAGACGAGUUCUGGACCUUCACAACCUAGAAUCAACAUUCGACCCGCUCCAACCUCUCGAUGGCCACAGGACUCUAUUGCCAAGAUCACGGAGCUGGGAUUUACUCGUGAAGAGGCGGAGCGGGCGCUGGACGCUGCCAAUGGAGAUCUAGACGGAGCAAUUGGAUUUCUGAUUUAA